UCAAGGAAAGUCAGACAGCAGGAUUGCAUUGCAUUAUUACGACGACGACCACACGAAGAAGCAUUCGCUCUUGCCACGACAACUCCUCUGCUAGCACUACUGACUGGCUGGCCGUGAAUGAAGCUCAGUUAUCGUCACGUUAUCGUCCUCCUCGGCAGCAAAGACUUCACCAUUGACUGCUCGGAGAGAGAGCAGAAAGAAACUACGUGCCAGCAUUAUUAUCAUUGUCAUUAUCCAAGAAAUCCUAAUUGGAAAAUCAUCAUCCUCGAAUCGCUGCGUAUAGGAGGAGGAGGUGGAGUGGUGCAUAUUAUUAUUUUAAAAAUCAGCCAUCACCACAUUAUUCCGACGACCGGCCAAGCACACUUGAGACGACUGCUGGCUGCUGCUGCUGCUCAACCCAGAGAGUGGAUAUUAGCGAAUGACUAGCAGCUAGGAGGAGGAGGAGGCUGUAUGAGAGAGCGUCGUCAUUUCGAGGCCUUUUUGCACAUUAGCCAUCACAUUCUCUCGCUGUGCAUUAAAGUGCAGUGCAAUUGAUGCAACGUAGUCGUAAUAAGAGCGGAGAGAGAACCACCACACACACGUUCUCCCAACCAGGGCCAGACAUAGCUGCUAAAAACCAUAAGUUGAGGAGAGAGAUCUCACACAAAACCUUCAUCAUUUUUCGACGACGACCACAUUGCAAUCGCCACCGCCGUCCACCACUACAUACAAUUUCCAACAAAUAGCUCCUUCUUCCUCGGCCCCGUCAACGUCUCAAAUCAGAAGAGUGACCAAGUACGAGAAAUUAGGUGACCUUUCUCCGCUGGUGGAAGGGACAGCAGUGAUAAUUUUGUGUAGAUUGUUUUUAUUAUGGUUUUGCUGGCAAGAGAGUGAGUGUGCUGCUGCUGCUGAAUGAAGGAGUGUGAGCAAAUUGCGAGGAUUUGCGAGUUACUACACAGACUUCUUUGGUGAAGUAAGAAGAAGACGAAGAGAGCAGAGUGAGAAGAAGUUGGUGGCUGGUACAAAAGUGAGAACCGCUGCACAGAACCAGAACAUGGCCGCUCUCUCGUCUCGACCGCUGCCGCCGCCGCCGCCACAAUACCUCCGACACUAAUUAAUCACCACGUAAUUUCCUAGUGUUCCCGUUAUCAUCACUACGACUCGCCUCGUCGUCCUUGUGGUGUGGUCGUCAAUUUGUGUGGAGGAGGGAGAGCGAGAACGGACCGAGAAGAGGGCCCAGAGGUUGAACUUUUUAAAAAGAAAUAAGGGCAGUGCAAUGUGGUGCAGCAGCUAUUAUGUUGGCGUAGUAGUCGUCACACAUUGUUAGCAUUACCAUUAUUGUCAAAUCCUCCUGCUAACACGGAGGAGGAGGAGGAGGAAAUUUUACAAUGAGUUGGACAAAUUAUUAUGACCCGACUGACGCUGUUAAUUGAGAUUUUAUAUGCAAGAACUUUUGAUGGACCAAUCAUACGGUGAAUGGUGAAGUGGUGAAAAAAAGUGUACGCCAAAGAAAAUGCAAGUUUUGUUGGAAUUCUUCAAUUUUACAUAAUUUCUGAGGUAAUAGCUUGUGAUGGUCAUCAGUUAGCCCGUCGUCGCUGGUGAAAAGGAUGUUUCUGGAAGGAAGACAUCGACGAAAAAUUGCCGUCAACAGGACGUGAAACUGGCGUCAUCACCAGGGCAGUGUGAUCCUAAAGGGUCAUCAGAGGUACAACAGGCGUGUCGACUCCAAAAGGGUGAUUCCACUCUGAUUUCCUCAUCCACCUAUUCUGAUGCGUCCACUGCGACUAACUUUACUGCCGACUACGCUCUUUCAGUUCAAAUCGCAGACCAAGCUGAGAGAGCAGAAGACAUUGGUUGCAUGGCAAGGGAAAAUAAGUGGCCUCAUGGUUCCCCUCAGGCUAGAUCAAUUGACGAACGAGUGUUGGGAGCAGCUCGGGAUAAAAUUGUACGGAACAAUUCAGUGGCGAACGAUAUACGUCUUGGUCUACCUGUUAGUAUACCUAUUGGGCUGGAGGAGGAAGAACGCACUAGAAGAAGGACGAGUCCAAUACUCCAAUUUCCAUCAGGAUAUGAUAGCAGAUCGGAGAUUCAAAGACCGUAUAUCAAACCACCUCCCAACAAGACCGUUUGUUGUAUACCUACUGAUCCAGGGGACGGAACCAACAGAGGCUCACCUUCAUGUUCGUGUGGACCAACUAUUAGCCAUAAAAAUAGUUUCACUGGCAAUAAUAGCGGAUGGGGGUUAAAUUGGGGCCGGAGUGGUAAUAGCCCGCCAUCACAUCGCCAUCAACAUCCGCCGCAUCAUCAUCGUCAUCAUCCAUCCACCUGCAACCCAUCGUCGUCGUCGUCGUCGGUGUUAAAACCCCAAAAGAACGUAUCGUCAGCAGGUGUUAUUGGCACUUUUUUAGCCGGUGUUAUGACGUCUGCUUCAGGUGGCGGUGGUUUCCAAGAUAACUUUAAAAGUAUUACCGGAGUGUCGUCGUCGUCGUCGUCUGAUCCAAAGUUACGUUUUCUAAGUGAGAGAAAGCCUGUUAAUGAUAGAACUAGUCCAACUCCUAAUGUAAAUAAUUCCUCCUCUUCGACGUCCAUGUGCAGUAGAACUCAUAAACAUGGCGACUCUGUGUUAAUUGGUCAUCAUUCACAUCAACAGACUUUUAAUUAUGACGAUGGAUGCUCCCAGCCUCCUAAAACCCAUCAUCAACAACAGCAUCACUCCGAGUUUACAAGUAGUCGAGAUUCAGGAUCUUCCUCCCCCAAUAACCCCUUUUUCGAAUCCUUUGCAUCCCCAACUGAUAUGAAUAAUGCAAUAUUAGGGAAUUCCGACAGAAGGCAAAAGUAUGACAGAAAGAAAGACAGGAAUGGAAACAGAGCCACUGAAACGCAACAACCUUCCAUUACAGAUGCUGAUUAUCAGAAGAAUGAGGAACCAAAGCCUCAUACAUCCAAUUACAAUUGUUGGGGAGAAUUAUUGGAUUUCGACAACGUCUCCGCCGUAGCCCCCGCUGCUGCAUCCAAAUCCUCCUCCUCAAUUAUAAUGACUGAUCCACAUCUAGUGUGUCGUUCGAUGGGAGUCCAACCCUCUGCAUUGAGUGAAAGUAUACAAGAAGAGAUUGGUGAACUUUCCACAGAGCCUUCUUCUUCUGAUCAUCAAGUAGCUAAUAAGUAUUGCACCGUAGCAAGAGUGAUGUCCUCGGAAGAAGAAAUUAAUGAUCCGACAACGGAAGACAAUGGACAAGAAGAUGCCAGGAAUAGAAGAAAAGGAGAAAGAGGGGGUGUCACCUGAUUGCUUUAAGUUAAUGAGAAAAACAGUGUUUCCUGGACUAGUUAUUAGACCUGAUACAUGGAUUGUGAUAGAUUGCCUACUUCGUACAUAUAUGAUUAGUGAUGAUGAGAAUACUUUUUGAUUGGAUUGACGGAAAUCCAUUUAGUGAUUCUAGCUGCUGAUAUAUGGUUUCUCUUGUUUACGAUACGACAGAGAGAGUGAAAGUGGAGUGAAAUGUAGAUAUUUAAUGUGACUUGUGUCUCGUUUCACUGCCCCACAAUCAGACUGAUGUAUUCCUUUUGCUUUCUCCCAGCCCCCCUCAUCAUCAUCUUGAAAGACAGAGAGAGAGAGAGGGUUGCCUAAAUCCUAUGUAGCUGCCAAAUCAAAAUUAUAAUAUAUAAUAGUUUAAUUUUGUAUUAUCUGCUGAAUUCUGUAUUACUUCCUAAAUUGUUACUAUCACUAAUAAGGUUGAGAUUAACGUUUGUUCCAUUUUACAACAAGCGACAAGUGAGGAAGUAUGCACGUCAUUUAUAUUCACUCACUACUGACUAAUUAUUAUGGAAAAGAUUGGUGCUACUAGAGAGAUAAUGGAGAUCAUUUUAAAUUUCAUUUCGGUCUAUUUCUUUUUACUGACUAAAGCGGUUGAAUUUUUCCGGGGUAGUGAAUUGCGUUGAGGAAUUUGGUUGAUUGAUAUUUAUUUUGUUGUUUUUUUGGGGGGGUUUGGGGGUGGGGGGAUUUUUUCUAGAUUAUGUUAUUUGAAAAAGAAGACAAGGAAAAGAUUUUAAAGAGAGAGGAUAUGAACGUCAAUAUUCCAGGCCUGUAAUUUCAAUAUAUAUUUCGUUAGACCACAAUCAAUAAAUGUUUUUAUGUGACGACAUCAUAAUUAAAAUCUAUUUACUAAUUAAUAGGACCGAGUGACGACGAGUUUUUAAAAUGUUUUCUCUUUUAUUUGUGUGCGCGUUGAGUGGAGGUUUGUUUUAAUCAUGGGUCAGGAUGUAUUAUCUGUAUUAUUUGUUGAGUGAGAUAAAAUCACCAAAAAAAGAGACUAUAAUACAAUAAUGUUAAAAAGAACAACUAAUUGUAGAUUUGUAUUUAUUUGUUAAGCGGCGGAGGAAGGAAACCCAAGAUCAACUUUUUAGACUAUCAAUAUUUCUAUUUAGACCCAUCUAUUCACUCACAUUAUGACGCGAAAGAUGGGAGCGGAACUCUUUUUGGUGCAUAUAAUAAUAAUAAAUAAUAAUAAUAAUAAAAUCAUAUUAUUCAAAUUUAGCGAGCAACAAGAUACACAACACUAUUCUAAUUAUGCGUAGAAGAGGAGAGAGAUAUAAGCCAAUUAUAUAUAACGUUAUUAACAUUUAUUAUUAUUAUUAUGUAUUUUACGGAACAUGUAUCGACGGUUUUUGUAAAUGAUUGGUGGCUUUAAUUCAGAAGGAAAAGUGAUAGAAGAACAACACAAGCUAAAAGUCUAAAAGAGGCGUUUUUUAAUCGAAGGGUUCCCCCAUAUUUGAUGUAUGUGAUAUGCUGCCGAACCGAGAUGUGUUCAUAGCUGCAGUGCGAAAGAUGCUGAAAUAAAAUUUCAAAACACUUAUUACUCU